GAUGCUUUCCAUGCUUGACCCUUUCACGAUUGCCGCUGCCAGCAUACUGAGCCAUCGCGUGCGCACAUGGUGUGUUUCGAAGGAUGGAUUGCUGAAGGUCCCUUACCUGAUUCUGAAUUAUGCGGCUUCGCAUGCAGACAUGCGUGUCAUCCACGCACUGCCGGCCAUUGAGAAGGCAGAGUUGGUUGAGUUUGAGCUUUGGAAUAAUGGAUGUGACAACGUCUGGGGCAACGAGGAAAUCCAUCUGCGGGAAACGGAUGAGCCUACAAGUCAUGAGCAUUUCAGCGUGUGUUUGGGCUGGCUCUUUGGUGCCUUUCCGAAGCUCCGACGGGUGGCCAUCAUCGGAUUGCGAAACAGGCUCCAGCUGGCACCUUUGCUGAGAAGCUUCCGUCGCUGCCCCGCCCUUGAGGAGCUUUCCCUGCAAGAUGCAGACUUCGAAGACGUGGCAAUGUGCGCAGCCUUCGAGGUGGUGCAGGCACUACCUGCCUUCCGAGGUCUUUGCAUCCUCCAUCUUGCAGUCAGGCCGGCUUUCGAUGGUGGCGAUAUUGAUCCGGAGUCCCAGACGCUGACAGCCCUUGCUGCAUGCUCUGUGUCUCUCCCAUCGCUGCACACGCUUUGCUUGUGCGUGAGCUCGCGGGAAGCCGCACGGCCAGGCUUCGUCACGGCGUUGCAGAGAUGUAUCGAUGUCUUUCCCCUGCGCCAGCUCAGUUUAGCUGGAGACAGGCUGGUGGCUUGCUCGGCUCGCCACGAGUCGGCGGAGCUGUGUGUGAACGGCUGCCUCAGCCUUGAGCAAGUGAGAGCUCGCGAUGCAGUCUUUGCAGAGCAUGUGGAGCUUGGGCUGACUUGGAGGGUUAUCUCCAGGGAGGUUGCCGAUGCCUUCCCGGGUGUGCUUCAACUCGUGCAGGCGGCACAGAAUGCGACCCUCCAGAAGUCCGAAAGUGAAAUCCAACUCCUUCGCCGCAUCUUCUCUCUUGCAAGGGGCCAUGCAUCGCCGGACUUCCAGAGCAUUCGCAAGGUGGCCUUGUCUUCGAAGCCGCCUUGCAGCGAGUGCUUUCCUGCACUCUACAGCUUCGCCUUGCGUCAGACUCGUGCUCUGGGACUUGGGUUCUGGGAAGUGCUUUCGCAGGACUUCAAGAGAGGCUUUAAAGGGCCAACCUAG